AAUUUCUUACUCGGACGGUAAAUAAUUUCAUCAGCGGCCAUGUCGAAUUUUGGAAGUAGCGACACCGCCAAACCGAAUGUCGAUCCUGAGUUGCAGGAUUUUCUAAUGGCUGAAAACGAACGUGCCCGGCUCAGUGCACAAAUCCACGAAUUUACCGACAUAUGCUGGGACAAAUGCGUGGAGAAACCGAGCAACAAACUAGACAGCAGAACGGAAACAUGUUUAGCGAAUUGUGUAAACCGCUUCGUCGAUACGUCGCUUCUGAUAACGCAGCGUUUUGCGCAAAGUUUGCAAAAGAGCCAAGGAAUGUAAGGAACUUACUAUGCCCUACCCGGUACCGCGUUACUUGGCCGUGUGGGGGAAAAGCAUUUCGGGGAGUAGUUCUUAGUUUCGACCCUAAGCAUGAUGGUGUUCUCCUAAAUAUAUGUGCCUAGCGGCACACAUAAAUACCGCUACACCUGUGAUGUCACACCCAUUUCGGGUUUUUCAUAUAGAAAACUUGUUUCGGGUUAGUAUGAAUGUACAAUAUCUUCUUGCGGACCGUAUCAAUUUUAAUAGUUUAUCGAUAACCUCGUUCUAACGCACAUUUCGGACAGUUUUAAUCAAAGAAGUUUGUUAGAAAAUAUACCGGUGCCAACUACAGGCAGUUCACCGGAUACGAUAACGGACCGCAAUAAU